CGUUAUCGAUAACUGUGUGUUUUGUUUGGUUUGUUUUCAUUUCUCGUUUCAAAGCUUAAUUUGCGUUUAAUUAUCGUCGCAGUUUUUUUUUUUACCAGAAACUCCUCCUGCACCUGUUGCGCCAGCCGAGUUCGAUUCAGUGCAAACCUGCGUUUGGCCUUUUUAUGCCCUUUAGUUGUACGUUUCCACUGCCACCGACAAUCGCUGUGCAAAUCAAUUGCGUCGAAGUGGGAUACGCACAGACACUGUAGAAAAUGGGCAACACGAGUUCCAAGGGGGAGUCGGACGCGAGUGAGCCGCCCCUGGACGGCGGGAAGCACAAGCACAAGUCCAGCACGCACUCCGCCCACUCGAGUGGCUCCCACAAUGGCAGCUCUGACGCGGUCGGCGGUGGCGGUAGCAACAACAGUCUCAAGGUGCAGCAAUCGCAGGCAUCGAUGACCAGGUCCGCCUCCGGGGCGGACGUCACCGAGAAGUAUCUCACACAGCUUGUCCCGGUGGAGAAGCUGGCGGAGAUCCUCAGGGAGUUGUCGUCGGCCAAACUUGGGGUUAAUGGGAUUGUAGCCGACGUCUUUGUGUCACAAGUAUUUCCGCAGUACGCGGACCUGGGACAGCGGCUGUUCAGGCUGAUGCACACCAACUCGAAGGCCACCACGAAGCACCUGGGCGCCGUCGCCUUCCGGCAGCAGUGCGAACGCUUCCUGGGCAUUAUGGACGAUUCCAAGACGCUGGAGUGCUACAUUAAGAUGUACGCCCAAGAGGACAAUCCCGACUUCAUCGACAAGGAGGGCGUGACGCGCCUGCUCCACAUUUGCUACACAAUUGCCAUGCAGCACUCGGGCAACGCCGUCCUGUGCUCGGCCAUCAAUCGCACCUUUGGCUCGGUGACCAAGUCCAUUUUCCUCUGUCACGACAGCCUCAGUCUGGGCUAUGUGUGUCGCUGGUUCGAGCAGAACUUGAUUCGCUUGGUGCUACUUGUGCACAAAUACUGUGUGCACACGCUUUCCACGGCCUAUCGCGGCCUGGAGCAGCAGUCCCAGUCCUGCGGCAUCGAGUUGCAGACUCCGGUGCUGGAGCAACGCAAUCCCUUCACAGACGCCACCGACCACAGCGGAGGCGGGCACGGCGGCCGGGAUUUGGACUCGCUGAUGCCACUCUCACAGGCGUGGUUGCUGGCCGGGGCCUUGCCGCCUCUCUACUCCAAGCCCCAGACCGUGGCUCCGCCUUCAGCCGGUAAGGGCAACGCCAAUAGCAGUGCCUCGAGCGCCGUGCAAAUCUUCAAAGAGAAGCUUUCGAUGAUGCCGUCGCACUGGACGCUGCUCUACGACUCGAACGAGCAUGGCGUUGGCGCCAAUCGGUUUCUGCAUCACGUUCUCGGCUACCGGGGACCAACUCUCGUCCUGCUGCACACCAAGGACGAGCAGACGUACUGCGUGGCCUCGCCCAGUGAAUGGAAGGAGACGCAUUUGUUUGUGGGCGGCGAGGGCUCCUGUGUUAUCCAGCUGCUGCCCAAGUUUGUGAUACUGGAGAAGAAGCCGAACAUCCUGUACCUUAACACGAGCAUACGCGGGUAUCCGAAGGGAUUUCGGGCCGGCGCCGAUCCCCGCAAGCCCAUUAUAUCGGUCGACGAGCAUUUCGAGAAUGUGGACUGCAAGGGACUGGCAGCAGGACUAAUGUCCAUAGAGGUCUGGGGAUGCGGCGACAAGACAUCACGCGAAGUGCAAUUGGACAUCAAGAAGUGGCAGAUCAAGGAGGCCGAGCGACAGCGAACGGUGAAGCUCACUGCCGCCGACUGGAUGGACCAUCCGGAUCGAUAUCUGCUCGAGCUGGGCGGCAGGCAGAACUACAACAAUUGAUCGGGAGCGGCUGGCUGCGUCGAAAUAUACUGGGAUACAGCACGAGAAGUAAUCACUGGACUGAAUUUGUUUUUAAUUGAUGUUGAUUGAUAUUCGGUUUACUUGUUUUCAUUCUAUUAAUAUCCGGGCUUAGUAUUUGAUUUGAUUUAUAUAAUGUUCGUAACGUGAAUUCCGUGUAUGCCUUUAAAUGUACUUCGUUCUACAUUGUCUGCGUCCACCUACAUAUGUGUGUAUCGGACCGGACCUCCUCUGUCUGCGUAUUCCGUCUUCGUUUUAAAUUAAAGUCUCUACUGUUUCGUUCUAUGUAUCUUCGUUCAAGUGUAAAACAAAUGAAAGUAUUAUGAAAAGACAUGGGAAUCGAAGUGCUUAAACAAAUAAUUCAAUAAAUGUUACAAAUUAUA